CGCGGGUAUACACAUGUGGCAAUGCAGUGCCCCGACGCGAUUACGCAAGCGUCUAUUAUAUACAUUUCGAAACUACGAGAAAGUUUACCGCCUAUUAAAGUUAAUGACCGGAGCGUCAUUUUGACCUUCAUGGUGAGACGUGUGCUUAGCAGGUGACGGCUUCGAGUUGUCUCUCCGAUACAGCGUCCAGCGUUCAGGGACGCUAUCGAAAGCGAAAGCAUUUGAGUUGCAGCAAUCGUCGGCGCUGGCGAUAUGCCAUAUGGCUGCUUUUUAUAGGUAUACCGCGAGAAACAUCCGUGCCCUCGCAGAAAAAAAAAGAGAGUCAUCUGGUUGGAAGAGUAGCUACAAGGAGAUAGCGUCGACAUCCAUUCAGUCCUUUGCGACCACGCUAACUUGCGUUCUGGGGAUAUCAGUCGAAGAGGAAUCUUCUAUUUCAGUGUUGAAACCCCGGAGUCAUCAUGGCAAAGCAGCUUCAAGAUCGCCGCGACAUCGUGGUGGAUCGCUGCUGGAUCCUGGCGCCCCUGUCGGCGCUGUCCGCCCUGCUCGCCAUGCUGAUAUCGAAGAACGGCGCGCUGUUCUACGUGGCCUUCAUUGACGAGUUCGGAGUGAGCCACCAGAGUGCCAGCUGGCCCCUCACGGUCAACAUGGUGAUGGCGCACGUGGCCGGUUUGCUGGUCACGUUGCUGCAGGAAAGGUUCACCAUCUACCAAAUUGCGGUGUCUGGAAGCCUCCUGAACUUCGCGGCACUAGUGGCAUCGGCCUUCGUGCCGAACAUGACGUGGAUGUGCGUUACUCUGGGCUUCAUAAGCGGUUUAGCGGUAGGCAUGAUCAUGCUCUCCCUGUCAAUAUACAACAUGCUGUACUUCGACAAGUACCGGGCCACCGCUAGCGGCUUCAAGUACACCGGCAUGACGUUGGCACCACUCGCUUUCCCGCUGCUUCUCUCGGCGCUCGUCAGAGAGUACGGUCUGCAUGGUGCCCUGCUCUUGCUUUCGGCCAUCACGGUUAACACGCUCCCCGUCGCCAUGCUCAUGAACAAACCCCGACCAGUCACAUUAUGCUGCGGACGACGUAACGUUGAACCUGCAGGGGGAAACUGCAAUAGCUGCAGCAAAGGAAGCCAAUGUGGAGUAGUCACGAAAGACACAGCAAAGGCCGCUGUUUCGAAAUGCACAAGCAAGAAUGGUGACAUGUUCGAGAAGGAUUUUCGGAAGGAUCCGAGCGACUUGCCUAAUGGCUUCGUAUUGUCUACCCAGAAUAACAAUACAUUUGACUCGAUGUGUACAGGAGGCUGCAGGGUUAAUGGUGUGGACGACGUCGUUCGCGAGAAGAGUGAGAUCUGCCAUCGAAAUGGCAUCUCCUGCCAUCCCGCUAAAUAUGGUCGUGAAAGCGCCAGUGACGCGAAGUUGCCAAUCUCGGAAGCGCACGCACAGAAGUACGCAACGAGGAGCUGCGAAGAAGGUUGCAAGUCAUCCGAAACGGCUCAAGAUGACACUUGCCUCGAAGCGAAGGCACCAGGAAGCGUCUGGAGCAGCAUCUUGUUGAUUCUUAGAAACCCAGUGCUCUACGUUCUCGUGGUCACGUUCACCGUCGGCGAGUACACUACGGUCACUUUCGAAACGACAGUCCUGGACUACGCCGCCGACAGAGGUGCCACUAGGCGUCAAGCCGAGCCCAUGAUCACGUACGUGGCUACGGCUGAAAUGCUGGGACGACUGGUGAUACCUUUCUUCUGGGAUCGUGCCCGGCUCAGCCGAUACCUCCUGGUGGCGAUGUGCCUGCUGGUGGAAGCACUCUGCCUGAUCGGCAUGCCGCACGCCACGUCUUUUCCCCAAGUCGUGGCGACUGCCGUGGUGACGGGCAUUCCAGCGGGUUGUAUAGUGGCUUUGAAACCCGUGGUGCUGAGUGAUCACUUCGGCGUAGAGAAAUUGGCGGUGUGCUGGGGCAUCGCAGGUAUUGCCAUGCUGCCCGUGGCCUUCGGUGGACCGCUGCUCAUAGGCAAGUACAUCCCUCUAUAAAAACCAUG